AUGGAGGAGAAUCAAGAGAAGCUUGCUCCGGAGAGCAACGGCGGCGGCGGCGCGGUGCGAACGAUCUGCGUCUUCUGCGGCAGCAGGCCGGGGAACCGGCCGUCCUUCAGCGCUGCCGCGCUCGACCUUGGAAAACAACUGGUCGAAAGGCAGAUCAACCUGGUCUACGGUGGCGGCAGCGGCGGCCUGAUGGGCCUGGUGUCCAAGGCCGUCUACGAAGGCAGCCGCCACGUCCUCGGGGUCAUCCCCACCGCCCUCCUACCUGAAGAGGUGUCAGGGGAGACAUUGGGAGAGGUGAAAGUGGUCAGGGACAUGCAUGAGCGCAAGGCGGAAAUGGCGAAACAUGCCGAUGCUUUCAUCGCCCUGCCAGGCGGUUACGGGACAAUCGAAGAACUGCUGGAGAUCAUAGCGUGGGCGCAGCUGGGGAUCCACAGCAAACCGGUGGGGUUGCUCAACGUGGACGGCUACUACAACAGCCUGCUCUCGCUGUUCGACAAGGGUGUCGAGGAGGGUUUCAUCGACCCCAAGGCACGGAACAUCUUCGUCCUCGCUGACACCGCCGCAGAGCUGCUGGAUAAGCUUACCAUGGCGCGGCUGGCAGCCGACGAGGACGAUGGUACUAGUACUACCCCCGGCCCCGGAGGAGACGAAGACGAAGACGAAGAGAAGGGAGCUGCCGCUGGCGUCAAAAGGAAAAGGACGACCUAG